GGCCUAUGGGGAGAGGGUUAGGUUCUGAAAGAUUGUUUGUUUAGUCACCACGUAUAAAUUGAUCAGUGCUUUGGUUGCACUGUUCAGUCCUCAAGGGUUUCACCCAGAUAAUGGCUCAAGACUCCCUUCAAAAUAUGAUAAGGAUAAUUGUGGGACUGGUUGUCUCAUCUGCCCUCUCAUCGGGAAUGAUCAUUGAUGGAAAGGGGAUCCCAGGGCCUCCACCUCCUGGCUCACCUGACAGUCCCAUUCCUCCUUUCGAUUAUUUUGAUGGCUCUGCUGUGCAUAAUAACAUACCUACAUAUGCCUAUGAUAAUUACCCUGUGCCAAAAGGAGGCAAUCCCAUAGCCAGAGAUGGCCAGGUGAUGCCAUACGAUGACUCAUUGAAUGGGUACCCUAUGCCCAUGUUACCAAUCCCACCUGACAGAUAUCCCCUGCCACCAAAACCUUUGGCGGGGAACACUACUCAAGGAUCUCGUGUGUUGCCUACCAGACAACAACCAGACUUAUCAUACUGUGACAUGCUCCUUGAAGAACUAGUGCCUCCACCUGUGGAUCAAAUACCCUGGUUCUGUGUUUGUUCCCAAUGUAAAGGGGGUAAAAGAGGCCCAAAGGGAGACAAGGGAGAAAUAGGGCAGCCAGGUCCUCCCGAUAGUCCGGGAGUAAGAGGCUUGACAGGUUUUCAAGGUCACCCAGGAAUUAUUGGUCAUCCGGGACCAAAAGGUCAAAAUGGUGAUUUUGGUGAAAAAGGAUAUCAGGGUUCAUUGGGGUAUACAGGACCUAAAGGAGAGUCAGGUGUCAAGGGUGAUAAAGGAGACCAUGGUGUGGAUGGGAAUCCAGGACAGCAGGGACCACCUGGUGAACCAGGAGGGUGCCCAGUAAUUUGUUUCUCCAUCCAGGGACCUCCAGGAGAAGUUGGCCCACCUGGGAUUACAGGGGGAAGAGGACUUCCAGGGUUGGGAGGAACUCCCGGGCCGAAGGGCCAGAAAGGGGAUCUUGGGGAUAGUGGUCCACCUGGAGCUCCAGGUUUAGAUGGCCAGAAAGGAAAUCAGGGAGAAAUGGGUGAAUGCCAUUGCAAGGAUGGGCUAAAAGGUGCAAAUGGCACAAUCGGGCUUCCAGGACCAAAAGGUAGUAAUGGGUACACUGGCCAUGAAGGUGCAGCAGGGGUAAAUGGAGUCAAAGGGCAAAAAGGUGAUAUUGGUGAAAUCGGUCUUCCUGGCCCUUGCUCUCCAGCAAUCCAGUCCACUUUUUUAGCUGCAUUAAGCAGCAGUUACCCACUGCCAGAUGUUCCAGUUCCUUUCAUUAAUGUUAUUUACAACAGAGGGUUUAACUUCGACCCCUUCAGAGGCAUCUACAGGGCUCCGGUUAAUGGCACCUAUGUCAUCAGCUACCACUUGGCUGUCUCCAGCAAACUGCUCAGAGUGGGGCUCUUUCACAACUUCACACCUAUCGUGAAAAGUACAGGAGCAACAAAUCUUGGUACAGUGUCUCAACAGGUGGUUCUGCACCUUGUCAUGGGUGAUGAAGUAUGGCUACAGGUGAAGGAUGUUAAUUCCAAUGGUUUGUAUACCAACACUGAGUGCAGCAAUACCUUCACUGGCUUCCUGCUCUACCCAGACAGCUGUGAUAUGCCAAUGUCACGUGACUUACCAGAGCCUAUAAGCGGAACCUACAGCUGGGGUGAAAUAGAGGAGCUCACCACUGUUGCCCCAGAUGUCCAGCACUAACACCCCUCCCUAAAACAUGAAAACAGACAAAACACAAAACUCCAGAUGUAGUGCCUUUAAAAAAUUCUAAAUCUUGUUAAGGGGUUUCCUGAGGUGAAUUGAAAAGACUCAAAAGUGGAAUAAAUUGUCAUUCUUAAAGGGAUAGUUCACCCAAAAAUGAAAGUUCUCUCAUCAUUUACUCACCAUAAUGCCAUCCCAGAUGUGUAUGACUUUCUUUCUUCUGCUGAACACAAGUGAAGAUUUUUAGAAGAAUAUUAUAGCUCUGUAGGUCCAUACAAUGCAAGUGAAUGGUGGCCAAAAAUUGUUAAGCUCCAAAAGGACAUAAAGACAGAGAAUGAGUUAUCCGUAAGAUUCCAGUGGUUAAAUCCAUAUCUUUGGAAUUGCUAUAAUAAGUGUGGGAAAGAAACAGCUCAAUAUUUAAGUCCUUUUUUUACUAUCAAUCUCCACUUUAACUUUAACAUUCUUCUUUUGUUUUUGGUGAUUUGCAUUUUUCAUGCAUAUCAUCACCUACUGAGAAGGGAGAACAAUUUAUGGUAAAAACAGACUUAAAUAUUGAUCUGUGUCUCACCCACACUAAUCAUAUUGCUUCUGAAGAUAUAGAUUGAACCACUGGAGUCUUAUGGAUUACUUUUAUGCUGUAUUUAUGUGCAUUUUUUGAGCUUCAAAAUGUUAGUCCCCAUUCACUGGCAUUUUAUGGACCUGGAGAGCUGAAAUAUUCUUCUAAAAAUCUGAAAGUCAUACACAUCAAGGAUGGCAUGAGGGUGAGUAAAUGAUGAGAGAAUUUUCAUUUUUGGUUGAACUAUCCCUUUAAUGUUCAGAUGUUUAGAGGGAGACAACUUAAAUGUUGUUAAUUCAAGCCAAAGGCAUCUCAUUAUUAGUUUCAUACAUACUAUACAGUUAAAGCUAAUGGUUUGUGUAUUGCUAAUAUCCAUGAUUCUUUAUGAAGUUCCUUAUUAAUGCUUUGCAUACCUUUUUAAGACAUUAUUUUAACUAAUGUGAUUCACUCACAAUUGAGCAAUCACUUACAUAUUUUCAAGUCCUGCAGAAGCUGGGAUUGGCUCCAGCAAUACCCACGACCCUACAUAGGACAAGCGGCUAUAGAAGAUAGAUGGAUAGAUGGAAGUCCUGCAGUAAAAGCAUAAAAUUUAAGCUUUUGAAAGUUUUAAGCUCCUACUUCAUGUCCAUGUAGUGCACAAAUCACUUCAGUGAGUGAACAUUGUACUCUCUGGCAGAGCCAGUAAAUAUGUGAUUUAUAUGAGAGCAGUGAUUGUGCUACCUUAUUUUAUCAACAUUUUGUUGUGAAAAGUGAAUAUAUCUUUUCUAUAUUCACUUUUCCAUGUGAACUGAUAGGACAAGUCAUGUAGGCAUAGUGAAUUAUGUAGAUUGAUGUAUGACAGUUAAAUGUAUGCAGAUUGUUUUGUUAGCCAUGCAUCAGUAGAUGCCUCUUUUUUGUUUUUACUUUAAAUUAACAAGUAUAAUUUUAACAAUUAUUAAGAAUGAUUAAAAUUAUAAUAUUUAUAUUAAGUUCCGUUUUUGUAAAGCAUGAUUGACAAAGAAUUAAAUCAUGUGCUUUAUCUUCAAGGUAGAGAGAAGUAUGAUAUAAUAAUAGCUAAUUUCUGUAUCAGCUGAGCUGCAUUUGAUAACUACAAGCUAGAUAACUAAAGGUGGUCAGUAUGAGUGCAAGAGUCGUAAAUAAGCAACAUGUAGUUUAAAAAAAAAAUAUAUAUAGUUAUUGUUAAAGAUAUAUAUACACUGCCUGGCCAAAAAAAAAAAAGAGUAGUCAUUUGGAUUUAAAUAACAAAUACUUAAAAGCCAAUGAUUGGAUUAUUAUUGCAGUGAUUAAUAUGUUUCAGCUGGCAACAAUUCUUUUAACCCUAACUGAUGCAGUGGGUAGCUUCUCAUUUCUUAAACAACCAUGUUGAAAGACGUAUCCCGUGGUCGUGGGAAAGAUGUUACUGUGUUUCAGAAGGGGCAAAUUAUUGGUCUGCAUCAAGCAAAGAAAACAACUAAGGAGAUUCCUGAAAUCACUGAAAUUGGGUUAAGAACUGUCCAACACAUUAUUAAAACCUGGAAGGAUAGUGGUGAACCAUCAGCUUUGCGGAAGAAAUGUGGUAGGAAAAAAAUCUUGAAUGAUCAUGAUCGGAGAUCACUAAAAUGCUUGAAGUCA